UUAGCGGAGGUGGACCUCCAGCAACGGUGUCGAAGCGAUUAUCCUCGUAGCGGGACAGGGAGAGGAGGGGGAGUCAGCUAUCAUUUUCAGGCUUUGUAGUUGCAUUUGAUCGUUUCGAAAGGUGCUCUCGGCUCACAAAGAGGAAGGGAUGGCAACUAAGAAACCAUGCGCGGAUUUAACAAAAAGGAGCCGAAGUCCCGUCGUGCUGGAGGCAGAGAUGUUCAGCGAAUUUCAGGACUGGUGUCUCCGGACUUACGGAGACUCUGGUAAAACAAAGACCGUCACGCGCCGAAAAUACAACAAAAUCAUGCAGACCCUGCUACAGAACGAGGAGUCAGACGGUGUCUAUGUCGACAACAGCCACAUCAACGCCAAAUUCAAAUUCUGGGUGAAGUCCAAAGGCUUUCAGGUCGGCAGCAUCAUCUUGGGCGAGCACAAUAAGAAAGAGCCAUCGGGGAAGCCCGUCCUGUACGUCCCUGUCAAGUCUACGUGUUCAGAUGGAGGGGCGGCCCAGGACAGCUCUUUGAAGCGGGUUGCUGUGGUGGAGGAUUUUUUUGAUAUCAUCUAUGCCAUGCACGUCGAGAUGGGGGCAGAUCCCGGACGAGCACCCAAACACGCCGGCCAGAAAAAGACAUAUAAGGCGAUUGCAGAGACCUACGCAUUUCUUCCACGUGAGGCGGUGACCCGUUUCUUGAUGAGUUGUGGAGAAUGCCAGAAAAGGAUGCACAUCAACCCCAGCACGGCAGAGUUCAAAGAGAAUGACCGGCCCACCUCUCUGGUCCCAGACCUCAUUGAUUACAACAUGCCUCUCACUGCCACCUAUCUAAAACAGAUGAAACUACAGUGCAUGAACACCAAUGAGCAGGAUGAGAGUUCGGUAAGCAGUGAGGAUUUGGUCAUGGCUGAGCCCGCGUGGGUCUCUACUGAGCGUCCUGCAGCAGCAGAGCCUAGCAGCCCCACUGCCCCAUACACAGAGAGGAUGCCUACACCCCCACAGCCCAGCAUUAAAGAGGAAGAAGAUGAUUCCUCUUCAGAGAACGGCAGCACAUCUAACGGUCUCCCUGCACUGACUCCGCCUAGUGGUGCUUCCAUAGCGACAGGAGGAGUUCCUGCAUCUGAUGGGGUGGUUCCAUACGGAGAGGUGAACGGUAAUGGUGCUGCAGCGCCACUGGACUUCAGCACAAAUUCAUCGCCUUCUUCCUCACAGGAGGGACAGCAGCCUAUCAACCUAAGCGACAGACUGUUGCCCGGGGUGACGCUCGGAUCCUACGCAACUGACCUCAACAGAAAAUUCCCUGUCAAAACUGAGUACGGUAACAAGUCCCCUCAGUACAGCUCAGGAAGCUAUGACUCUGUGAAGACGGAACUGAGCAUGUGUGGGGAGGACGUGACCCCGGGUCGCUCUCAGGUCAUAGAUGAUGACGACGAUGAUCACGAUGACCAUGAUGACAGCGACAAGAUAAAUGAUGCUGAGGGCCUGGACCCUGAACGACUUAAAGCUUUUAACAUGUUUGUGCGGUUGUUUGUGGAUGAGAACUUAGACCGGAUGGUUCCAAUCUCAAAGCAGCCCAAAGAGAAAAUCCAGGCCAUCAUUGAGUCCUGCAGCCGCCAGUUUCCAGAGUUCCAAGAACGUGCUCGCAAACGGAUCCGAACCUACCUCAAAUCCUGUCGCCGCAUGAAGAAGGGUGGCUUUGAGACACGGCCCACACCCCCUCACCUCACCUCCGCCAUGGCUGAGAACAUCCUUGCAGCAGCAUGUGAGAGUGAAACACGUAAUGCUGCUAAGAGGAUGCGCCUUGACAUCUGUCAGGAUGAGUCAGCUGAAGUAGACAAGCCUAACUCCAGAGACCCGGCUGCUCUGGCUCACUCAGGCUUCACACUGGCCGCCUCGGCCUACUCCCAGGACCAACUCUACACCAAUGGUGGACUUAAUUUCAAUUUCCGUGGAUACGGGACCAUUGGCAACAGCCUCCAAAACAGUGGUACAUCACAAACCAAUGGUCCCACUGAUCUCAGUAUGAAAUCUUUGGCAUCCAACAGCACUUCCUCCUCCAAUUCAAACAGUCAUGGUCAGGGUGGAGGAGGCGGAGGGGCAUCUGCCCAGCUCAGCCCGCCCGAGGUCACGGCGGUUCGGCAACUGAUUGCAGGCUACCGUGAGUCUGCGGCCUUCCUGCUCCGCUCUGCUGACGAGCUCGAGAACCUCAUACUGCAGCAGAACUGAGAACUGUCUGUCUUUCUCUCAUUAACACACCUACACAAAAUUGCACACUAUGACAGGAAAGAUACAUGUAGCUAUGUGCACUUCUGUACAUAUACACCUAAAGCCCAUAGGCGGAGUUUGACUUCACUUGGGGGGAGUGAAAUGGGGGGAUCAGCAGAAGCUCUAUCUGAAGCGCAUGUACAGGGUACAAAAUUGAGAGCAUUAACCAGCCGUAAUGAUCUCAGGUCCAACGGCCAUUAACCUGUAUUUUGCAUAAUUAUUAUUUUUUUAAAUAAAACUUCAGUUAUUAUUAUUAUUAUUAUUAUAUUUUCAGUAAACAGCAUAGGUCAUUGUUUCACUAACUGCACCAUACAUUGGCCAAUUUCUAUAUAAAACGCUACCUCUCAUAAAAAAAUUAAUAAAUAAAUAAUACAAAAAACUUGGUUUUUAUUUCAAUAUUUAUUACAGUUUAUUAAUGUAAUAAAAUGUUACAAAUAAAAACCAUGUAUUAUGUUGCCAUUCCAAAUAAAGUUACCAGCCAAAUUUUCCUUGGCAAAUAGUUUUUUUCUUUUGGCUUAUAGCUAUGUAAAGUGCUUUACACAGACUUGUUAAUGCACAUAGAGGGAAUAAACGUACUUAAACAGAAACUGCAGUCACUAGAAUACAUUUUUAAGGCACCUGACAUAUGUUAAUUCUAAUGCACAGCAAAGAGAUUAGAACAAUAGCCAAAUUGAUGACACAGACCUAGAAAAGGUGUUCACUAAUUUAGCCCAGAACAUCAUUAAUAAAAAGAUCAUAUAUUUAUUAAUAUAAUUUAUUGAAUAAUUUAAAAGAAUUUAUUCACAUAUUUAUUAAUAUCAUUUUAUUUGUAGAUUUACACAAGGAGAGAUAAAACCAUUUCAGCUACAGACACUCGAAUCCCCCGACACCCCUCAAGCUCUGCCUAUGUUCUUUCUAUAAACCUACCUAUCACACAUUGCUCACGACAGCUUUAUGUCCAUGAUAGUGUCUUUAUCAAAUUUCCUAACCUUAGAGUCCAGCAAUGCUUUUUCCUUUUUGGAGGGCUGAGAUGACUUGUUAAUUGUUGUUUUGUGAUAAGAUGAUCAGAGAACACACAGCAAGAGGUGUCUGUUGCAAAGAGCACAAUCACACAGGGAAAGCUAUCAAUCCACCAGAGAUUCCAGACCUUUGAGACAAAAAAAAAAUAUAUAUAUAGCUGUAAAUUUAGGAGAGAUGUCC